AUGUCUGCCAACCUUGAUAAGUCGCUUGAUGAUCUCGUCGGCAGCCGUCGUCAGACCGCUCGCAACUCUCGUCGCCGCGGCGGUGCCCGCCGUGCCGCGACUAAGCCUUCCGCCGUUGGUGGUGUGAAGAAGUCGACCAAGGCUGCCCCCAAGCCUGCCGCUCACCCAGCUCCUGUCGCCCAGACUGGUUCCAGCAAGAUUCUUGUCAGCGGAUUGCCUUCCGAUGUGUCUGAGGCCAAUGUCAAGGAAUACUUCAACAAGUCCGCUGGCCCCGUCAGGCGGGUCAUGCUCACCUACAACCAGAAUGGCACUAGCCGUGGCAUCGCCUCCAUCCAAUUCAACAGGGCAGACACCGCUGCCAAGGCUACCAAGGAACUCAACGGACUCCUCGUCGAUGGUCGCCCUAUGAAGAUCGAAGUUGUCUAUGAUGCCUCUCACGUUCCUGCUGCCCCUGCUUCUAAGCCUCUCACUGAGCGCAUUGCUCACAAGGCUCGACCCAAGUCCGCCGCUACUCCCAAGGCUAAGGAAACUAAGGCCUCCGCUACUGAGAAGGGAACCCGCCGCGGUAAGGGCGGCGCUCGUUCUCGUGGCCGCGUUACCGGCCGUGGAAAGCCCAAGACUAUUGAGGAGCUUGAUGCUGAGAUGGUCGACUACUUCUCCGCCGAUGCGCCCCCUGCUGAAGGCACUGCUCCCGCCAACGGCACUGUCCCCCAGGCCAGCGCCAACCAGGACAUCGGCAUGGCCGACGAGAUCUCCUAA